AUGAAAGAGUUACUUUCAUCUCACCAGCCACGUGAUGAAAGAGUUACUUUGAGAUCCCCAUUCUCCCUCUUUCCAUCACCCCGUCCCAUUCUCCCGCUUUCCAUCACCCCACCCCAUUCUCUCGCUUUCCAUCACCCCGCCCCAUUCUCUCGCUUUCCAUCACUCUGCCCCAUUCUACCUCUUUCCAUCACCCCGCCCCAUUCUCCCUCUCUCCAUCACCCCGCCUCAUUCUCCCUCUUUCCAUCACCCCGCCCCAUUCUCCCUCUUUCCAUCACCCCGCCCCAUUCUCCCGCUUUCCAUCACCCCGCCCCAUUCUCCCGCAUUCCAUCACCCCGCCCCAUUCUCCCUCUUUCCAUCACCCCGCCCCAUUCUCCCGCUUUCUAUCACCCCGCCCCAUUUUCCCGCUUUCCAUCACCCCGCCCCAUUCUCCCGCUUUCCAUCACUCCACCCCAUUCUCCCGCUUUCCAUCACCCCGCCCCAUUCUCCCGCUUUCCAUCACCCUGCCCCAUUCUCCCGCUUCCCAUCACCCCGGCCCAUUCUCCCGCUUUCCAUCACCCCGCCCCAUUCUCCCGCUUUCCAUCACCCCGCCCCACUCUCCCUCCUUCCAUCACCCCGCCUCAUUCUCCCGCUUUCCAUCACCCCGCCCCAUUCUCCCGCUUUCCAUCACCCGGCCGCAUUCUCCCGCUUUCCAUCACCCAGCCACAUUCUCCCACUUUCCAUCAGCCCGCCCCAUUCUCCCUCCUUCCAUCGCCCUGCCCCAUUCUCCCUCCUUCCAUCAUCCCGCCCCAUUCUCCCUCCUUCCAUCACCUCGCCCCAUUUUCCCGCUUUCUAUCAGCCCGCCCCAUUCCACCGCUUUCCAUCACCCCGCCCCAUUCUCCAGCUUUCCAUAACCCGCCCCAUUCCCCCGCUUUCCAUCACCCCGCCCCAUUCUCCCGCUUUCCAUCACCCCACCCCAUUCUCCCGCUUUCCAUCACCCCACCCCAUAUUCCCGCUUUCCAUCACCCCGCCCCAUUCUCCAGCUUUCCAUCAGCCGCCCCAUUCUCCCGCUUUCCAUCACCCUGCCUCAUUCUCCCGAUUCCCAUCAACCCGCCCCAUUCUCCCGCUUCUAUCACCCGUCCCCAUUCUCCCUCCUUCCAUCACCCCGCCCCAUUCUCCCGCUUUCCAUUUCCCCGCCCCAUUCUACCACUUUCCAUCACCUCGCCCCUUUCUCCCGCUUUCCAUCACCCUGCCCCAUUCUCCCGCUUUCCAUCAACCUGCCCCAUUCUCCCGCUUCCUAUCACCCUGCCAGAUUCUCCCUCCUUCCAUCACCCCACCCCAUUCUCCCGCUUUCCAUCACCCGACCCCAUUCUCCUGCUCUCCAUCACCCCGCACCAUUCUCCCGCUUUCCAUCACCCCUCCCCAUUCUCCUGCUUUCCAUCACCCUGCCCCAUUCUCCCUCCUUCCAUGACCCCGCCCCAUUCUCCCUCCAUCCAUCACCCCGCCCUAUUUUCCCAAUUUCCAUCACCCCACCCCAUUCUCCCGCUUUCCAUCACCCCGCCUUAUUCUCCCGCUUUCCAUCACCUCGCCCCAUUCUCCCGCUUUCCAUCACCCCGCCCCAUUCUCCGCUUUCCAUCACACGCCCAUUCUCCCGCUUUCCAUCACCCCGCACCAUUCUCCCGCUUUUCAUUACCCCGCCCCAUUUUCCCGCAUCCCAUCAUCUCGCCCCAUUCUCCCGCUUUCCAUCACCCUGCCCCAUUCUCCCUCCUUCCAUCACCCCACCCCACUCUCCCGCUUUCCAUCACCUCGCUCCAUUCUCCCGCUUUCCAUCACCCCGCCCCAUUCUCCCGCUUUCCAUCACCCCGCCCCAUUCUCCUGCUUUCCAUCACCCGCCCCAUUCUCCCGCUUUCCAUCACCCCACCCCAGUCUCCCGCUUUCCAUCACCCCGCCCUAUUCUCCCGCUUUCCAUCACCCCGCCCCAUUCUCCCGCUUUCCAUCACCCCACCCCAUUCUCCCGCUUUCCAUCACUCCGCCCCAUUCUCCCUCCUUCCAUCACCCCGCCCCAUUCUCCCGCUUUCCAUCACCCCGACCCAUUCUCCCACUUUCCAUCACCCCGCCCAAUUCUCUCGAUUUCCAUCACCCUGCCCCAUUCUCCCUCUUUCCGUCACCCCGCCCCAUUCUCCCGCUUUCCAUCAUCCAGCCCCAUUCCCCCGCUUUUCAUCACCCCGCCCUAUUCUCCCUCUUUCCAUCACCCCGCCCCAUUCUCCCUCCUUCCAUCACCCCGCCCCAUUCUACCGCUUUCCAUCACCCCGCCACAUUCUUCCACUUUCCAUCACCCCGCCCCAUUCUCCCUCCUUCCAUCACCUCGCCCCAUUCUCCCGCAUUCCAUCACCCCGCCCCAUUCUCCCGCAUUCCAUCACCCUGACCCAUUCUCCCGCUUUCCAUCACCCUGCCCCAUUCUCCCGCUUUCCAUCACCCCACCCCAUUCUUCCGCAUUCCAUCACCCCGCCCCAUUCUCCCGCUUUCCAUCACCUCGCCCCAUUCUCCCGCUUUCCAUUGCCCCGCCCCAUUCUCCCGGUUUCCAUCACCCCGCCCCCUUCUCCCUCCUUCCAUCACCCCGCCCCAUUCUCCCUCCUUCCAUCACCCCGCCCCUUUCUCCCGCUUUCCAUCAGCCCGCCCCAUUCUCCCGCUUUCCAUCACCCCGCCCCAUUCUCCCGCGUUCCAUCUCCCCGCCCCGUUCUCCCGCUUUCCAUAACCCCACCCCAUUCUCCCGCUUUCCAUCACCCCGCCCCAUUCUCCCGCUUCCCAUCAUCCCGCCCCAUUCCGCUCCUUUCCGUCACCCCUCCCCAUUCUCCCUCCUUCCAUCACCCAGCCCCAUUCUCCCGCUCUCCAUCACCCCGCCCCAUUCUCCCGCUUUCCAUCACCUCGCCCCAUUCUCACGCUUUCCAUCACCCCGCCCCAUUCACCCGCUUUCCAUCACCCCGCCCCAUUCUCCUGCUCUCCAUCACCCCGCCCCAUUCUCCCGCUUUCCAUCACCUCGCCCCAUUCUCACGCCCUCCAUCACCCCGCCCCAUUCACCCGCUUUCCAUCACCCCGCCCCAUUCUCCCGCUUUCCAUCACCCCACCCCACUCCCGCUUUCCAUCACCCCGCCCCAUUCUCCCGCUUUCCAUCACCCCGCCCCAUUCUCCCGCUUUCCAUCACUCCACCCCAUUCUCCCGCUUUCCAUCACCCCGCCCCAUUCUCCCGCUUUCCAUCACCCCGCCCCAUUCUCCCUCCUUCCAUCACCCUACCCCAUUCUCCCGCUUUCCAUCACCCCGCGCCAUUUUCCCUCUUUCCAUCACCCCGCCCCAUUCUCCCGCUUUCCAUCACCCCGCCCCAUUCUCUCGCUUUCCAUCACCCCGCCCCAUUCUCCCUCCUUCCAUCACCCCGCCCCAUUCUCCCACUUUCUAUCAGCCCGUCCCAUUAUCCCGCUUUCCAUCACCCCGCCCCUUUCUCCCGCUUUGCAUCUCCCCGCCCCAUUCUCCCGCUUUCCAUCACCCCGCCCCAUGCUCCCGCUUUCCAUCAUCCCGCCCCAUUCUCCCGCUUUUCAUCACCCCGCCCCAUUCUCCCGCUUUCCAUCACCCCGCCCCAUUCUCCCGCUUUCCAUCACCCCGCCCCAUUCUCCCUCCUUCCAUCACCCCGCCCCGUUCUCCCGCUUUCCAUCACCCCGCCCCAUUCUCCCGCUUUCCAUCACCCCGCCCCAUUCUCCUGCUUUCCAUCACCCCGCCCCAUUCUCCCUCUUUCCAUCACCCCGCUCCAUUCUCCCGCUUUCCAUCACCCCGCCCCAUUCUCCAUCUUUACAUCACCCCGCCCCACUCUCCCGCCUUCCAUCACCCCGCCCCAUUCUCCAUCUUUCCAUCACCCUGCCCAAUUCUCCCGCCUUCCAUCACCCCACCCCAUUCUCCCGUCUUCCAUCACCCUGCCCCAUUCUCCCUCUUUCCAUCACCCCGCCCCAUUCUCCCGCUUUCCAUCACCCCGCCCCAUUCUCCCUCUUUCCAUCACCCCGCUCCAUUCUCCCGCUUUCCGUCACCCCGCACCAUUCUCCCGCUUUCCAUCACCUUGCACCAUUCUCCUGGUUUCCAUCACCCCGCUCCAUUCUCCCGCUUUCCAUCACCUCGCCCAAUUCUCCCUCUUUCCAUCACCCCACCCCAUUCUCCCUCUUUCCAUCACCCCGCCCCAUUCUCCAUCUUUCCAUCACCCCGCCCCAUUAUCCCUCUUUCCAUCACCCCGCCCCAUUCUCCCACUUUCCAUCACCCCUGCCCCAUUCUCCCGCUUUCCAUCACGCCGCCCCAUUCUCCCUCUUUCCAUCACCCCGCCCCAUUCUCCUGCUUUCGAUCACCCCGCCCCAUUCUCCCGCUUUCCAUCACCCCGCCCCAUUCUCCCUCUUUCCAUCACCCCGCCCCAUUCUCCUGCUUUCCAUCACCCCUCCCCAUUCUCCCGGUGUCCAUCACCCCGCCCCAUUCUCCCGCUUUCCAUCACCCCGCCCCAUUCUCCCUCUUUCCAUCACCCCGCCCCAUUCUCCCGCUUUCGAUCACCCCGCCCCAGUUCUCCCGCUUUCCAUCACCCCGCCCCAUUCUCCCGCUUUCCAUAACCCCGCCCCAUUCUCCCUUUUUCCAUCACGGCGCCCCAUUCUCCCAAUUUCCAUCACCCCGCCCCAUUCUCCUGCUUUCCAUCACACCGCCCCAUUCUCCAACUUUUCAUCACCCCGCCCCAUUCUCCCGCUUUCCAUCACCCUGCCCCAUUCUCCCUCUUUCCAUCACCCCGCCCCAUUCUCCCGCUUUCCAUCACCUCCCCAUUCCCCCACUUUCCAUCACCCCGCCCCAUUCUCCCGCUUUCCAUCACCCCGCCCCAUUCUCCCUCUUUCCAUCACCCCGCCCCAUUCUCUUGCUUUCCAUCACCUCCCCAUUCUCCCGCUUUCCAUCACCCCGCCCCAUUCUCCCGCUUUCCAUCACCCCGCCCCAUUCUCCUGCUUUCCAUCAUCUCGCCUGGCUGGUGGGGGUGCUGGGAGCAACUCACCUGGCUGGUGGGGGUGCUGGGAGCAACUCACCUGGCUGGUGGGGGUGGUGGGAGCAACUCAACUGGCUGGUGGGGUUGCUAGGAGCAACUCGCCUGGCUGGUGGGGGUGCUGGGAGCAACUCGCCUGGCUGGUGGGGGUGCUGGGAGCAACUCGCCUGGCUGGUGGGGGUGCUGUGAGCAACUCGCCUGGCUGGUGGAGGUGCUGGGAGCAACUCACCUGGCUGGUGCAGGUGCUGGGAGCAACUCGCCUGGCUGGUGGGGGUGCUGGGAGCAACUCACGUGGCUGGUGGGGGUGCUAA